AUGUGUCCGUCACUGCGACCCGUACAUAUGGCUCUCCUAUGGGUUUCGCGCCGCACUCUCGUCACCUGCCUUGUAAACAUCGGGUCCCGCGCGGCCACUCGCUGCGCUGACAGUGACGUCACGCGAGGUUCCGCUCCUACUCCUCGCGCUCUCAUCAUCAGGGCACCUCCUCCCAUGGAGCGCAUCGCAGUGCCCAUUCCCUCCCUGCCCCCGCCGUUAGCAGCAGGAGAAGUUGAGAUCGAGGCGGCGGCAGUAGCAGCAGCACCACUGCGGGAAGACACAGCUUUACAAAAUGUGCAAGCAGAGAAAAAUCAGAAGAAAAAAAGGAAACUUGGAAAAAGGAAACCAAAUCCUCUUAAUAAGGGACCUGUAUCAGUGAAAAAUCUACUAACGGAACUUCCUUUUGCUGGUGUGGAUGUUAGAGCUGUGUUUGACAUCCCUAGAACAGAAGACAAAAAGGUGAAAAGUAAAAGGAAAAUGCAUCUGUUACAAAGUGAAGAUGAUAAUGAAAGUAAAAAGCAAAAGAGAGCAAAUUAUUUUGUAUCCCUGCCUAUCACAAGGUCUAAGAUUCUUGAUGAUAUCCAAACUAUUCAAGAUUCAGUGUUACAGAAGGAUGAAAGACUUAUCAAAGCUAUGAUCCCAAAGGGUUCGUUCCAUCUCACGCUCUUUGUUAUGCAUUUAGCAAAUGAAGAAGAAGUUGCUCUAGCAGUAAGUGCGCUUUUGGGGAGCAAAAUACCAAUUGAAGAAAUCCUUGACGGAAAAGAUUUGGUUCUAUCUUUUGGCGGAAUGGCUGAUUUUAAACAUGAAGUUGUGUAUGGAAAGAUGACAGAUAAUAACUCUAUAACUACACUGAAACAAAUAGCUGAGACCACAGGGAAUAUAUUUAAUGAAAAAGGCAUUUCUGUAGUUGGAUGUAAAGAUUUUGUACCCCAUUUGACUUGGAUGAAGCUUUCAAAAGCACCAAAGCUGCGUAAGCAGGGAAUUAAAAAGAUUGACACAAGUCUGUACAAGGAUUUCCAAGACCAUUACUUUGGAGAGGACACAUUGGUGCGACUGGAUCUUUGUUCAAUGUUAAAGAAAAAGCAACAAAAUGGUUACUAUCACACAGAAGCUUCCAUCUUUUUUGGUCAUAAGAAUGGAAGAGAACCUGAUGAUGCAGAGCUGGUGAGCUUAAGCAAAAGACUGGUGGAAAAUGCAGUACUGAAGGCUGUACAGCAGUAUAUAGAGGAAACACAGGCCAAAACCAGACAGACUGAUGGGAUAUCACUGGAGCCUGGCAAUAAAGAGAAAAAUGAAAAUAACAUUAAACAAUGAACACAGUCCUCUCUUCAAAAUCUAAAUGUAAUCAUGACACAAACAGUUGCAUCAAGAGACGCCUAAAUUGCUACUCAGGUGCAUCUUACGUAGGGAUCUGAGGACAAUAUUCCUUUAUGGCAACAUUUACUAAGAUGGAGACAGUCAGUGAUAUUUCUUGAUAAACUUGUUUGAUUUGCAGAAAAGCCAAACCAAAAGGGAAAUGGCAAGAGUCCUAAGAGGUGAACAAUGAAUUGAUUGUGUAGUUGAAGAAGAAAGAGAGCCUAUUGUUUAUGCCUUGUUAAGUGGCAAUCAACGGCCAGCCAAGAGGCCUUACCGGAUGAUGAAGCCACGUCAUCCAUGUUGUGUAAUGAAGGUGCAUGACUUUGUGUUUUCAAAGAGGGUUCUUACUAGGUUACUACUGAUGCAAUGGCAACCUUUCAAAAGCUAUGCUAAUGUCAAUGCUGGAAUUUCCUCAGACAAAAUAUAUUCCCUAUGUAUUAAUGUACUGAUUUCUCUAAUGUAUUGUGACACUAUGCAGUCUUUUCUCGAUGACCGUUAUUCAUGAAAAGUAUAUAUUUUUGACAAGUGUAAUAUCUUUUUUUUUAAUACAAAUGUGUGGCCAAAAUCACA